AUGAAGUGCAUUUGUGUGUUGGCUUUGUUUGCCGCUACCCUUGCAAGUGGCAAUGCUGCAAAAGACGAUCCUGCUUACUUAUGCGACUCGGAUUCAUACUGCGAUGAGAAGUUUCCGGGCACAGUUUGUAUCUCGGUAAAUAACUACGGUGAUGUUGUCUCUAAGUGCACGCCCAACACACCGAAGCGUCCGGCUUGCCGUGGCGCGCAGCCUGGUCUAUGUCCAUCGUACCAGAGUGCCGAUAUUGGCUACCUUAACGCACAUUGCGUGUUUGUGUCGGAAGAGAACCUGUCCUUGUCCUCGAGUGGCUCGGGCUCAGGUCGUCGUCGCCUCAUGAGUGCUGCCACAAACGUCUCUUUGGCAAAGGCUAGCGGAAGCGAGGAUUUAUCUUCGGUCGAGUCUUCAAGCUCAGGAUCUUUUUCAAUGGACUCCACCGACGUUGGCAGUGGGGACACGACGGCCACCGUGAGUGGUAGUGGUGCUACUAGCAUGUUUUCGAUUACGAUUGACGGAGAGGAGGUAAGCGGUCAGUUUAUUUGUCUGGACGUUUCUGAUUGUCCCAAUAAGGCUGCCGACCCCAGCACGUGCGAACCAACAACGUGCCAAGCGCCUACUUCGAAGGAAGUGUGCACCUAUCACGGCACCUGCACGUACAAAGAUAAGAAGAAGAUUACUAAGCGCUCCUGCAUGUGCUACGCUGGAUUUGAGGGUGAAAAGUGUGAGAAGGAGGUUUCCAAUGCGUGUGAUGUUGACUGCGGCACGGGUGGUGAUUGCGUGGAUGGUGAAUGUGUGUGCAAGGAAGGAUUUGACGGUAAAGAGUAUGAAGGUAAGAAGGGCAAGCCGAACCAGCGUUGCACUCUCUGUACGAACGACCUUGCGUGUCAAAACGGUAAUACUUGCAACACCGAGACUGGCAAAUGCCUUUGUGGCCCUGGAUUCACUGGAGACACGUGCGGUGCGACUGAAGACUCGUGUACAACUCGUACGGACUGCGGCGUUGGAGCUUGCCAGGUGUUGGCCAACGGAUCGUCAGCAUGCUUCUGCCCCACGUGCAAUCCGACGUGCUUGCUUUGCGAUAUGGGCAUUGACUCCACUUUUGAUUGCUCGACUUGUGCAACCGAUGCCGCUACGUCUACGCAAUCUUCCAAGCUUCUUGUGUUCGUCUCGGCUAUUGUCGCGAUCAUGCUUGCGAACUUGGCUCUAUAA